CGGUGCUUAUUUGAAUUUUGAAUGUCGAUCGAGAGGAGUGACGCGCCGCGUUCCAAACAUAAGCUCCACGUUUUCCACGGGGCUUAGUACACAUUAUUUUCCGCGCUAACCGAUGAUGUAUCUGAUCAACGGCCCGGCGGGGGGUGCCGGAGGUCAGUCGGGCGGUAGCGGGAAUGGCUUCGGGAGUAAUACCGGUGGGUUCAACAGUGGUGGGGGUGGAUAUGCAGGGGGAGGGGGAGGAUUCGGAGGCGGGAAUAAUGUAUGUUUUAGCUGGGGGAAGGUUGGACAUUUUGCGAGAGACUGCUGGUCGAGACGGACCAGGGGAUUCCCGAGUAAUUACGUGGAUCCCGAGUUGGAGGAGAUUAAAGAGCAACAUAGGCUGGCGAGGAAGGAAAGGUUGGAGUUAGAGGAGAAGAGGCGUGUGGAAGAUGAACGGAAGGCGAGAGAGGAGGAUGAUGCAAGAAGAAAUGCCGAUUUCGCCAGGAAGGCCGAAGAGUUCAAGCUGCAGCUGCGGGCCGAACUGGUGGAGGAGUGGAGGAAGAAAGAGGAGGAGGCAAAGAAGGCGGUGAAGAGAUUGAAGCAAGCUAGUAAGAGUGCUAUCACUAGGCGGCAGCGCAAGAAAGGAGGUAAGUUCGGUAAAACCGCAAGGAAGAUUGCCUACUCGGAGAUGAGCGACGAAUCAGAUUCCGACACGGGCGAUUCCGACACGUCUGAACUACAGUCAUCAUCUACUAGUUCGGAUGAUUCGAAGCGAGGGAGAAGUGUCGAGUGUGCGAUCUCAGUGGCGACUUUGCUGCUAGUGAUAAGGGGACAGAUUCCCUGGCUCGAGAAGUAUGUUAGACGCUCAGAGGAGGUGGGUAAGUUACUAGAUUUGAAAACUGGUGGUGUAUACGCAAUCGUGAGUCCGUGGACUACGAAGUCGUAUGUAGGGAGUACGGUCCGACCAAUGAUCCACAGGUGGAGGGAGCACUGUCGCAAUGCUCAAAGUGAUGCUUUGGGGUUGGCACCGCAUCUUUACAGGUGGCUCAGGAAGUAUGGUGUCGAUAAGUACACGAUUAUACCGUUGAAUCACUCGGACAAGGGAGAUGAUUACGCCUUCGAAAGAUUUUUGAUUGAGGAUCUGUACCCGAGCCUGAACACCCGUGAGGUCGGGAAAGAGGGGAAGCAUAGCAGGAGAAGGGCGAGAAGAGGCAGACGGGAGAGGAGAGGGAGAUCGGGGGAGGCUCGAGUUCAGAAGGUAGUCACGUUUGUUUUUCAGGGCGCUACGUACACUUCGCUGCUGGUCAGGCUAGCUGAACACGAAGGAAGAGGGAGAUGGACGCUAGUAUUCUCCGGUGGGGAUGUCUGGACUGACCGCUGGAGGAAUGUGGUGAAGAAGUAUGGUAACACGGUCCUGAUGAUCAAUGGCAAGAAAACCACGCUACACGAAGCAAAGAGGGAGCUGCAGCAAGGCAGGGAGGUGACGUUUAUCCUGGUGGUCAGAUCGAAGACGACCACGGGGAAGAAUAGGACCUGGCUGAUCGGACUUUUGCGCAAACCGAGACCAGUGGUGGCUAAGUUUCUCAGAACAAGAGUUCGGAUUGUCUGGAUCAGGAACAGGAACGUCGGGGAGUUACUGCACAAUCAAAAGCUGUUCGCUAGUGAAGAGCAGCAUCGAUGCCCUUGCAAGGAGUUGGCGCUGCCUAAACUAGAUGGUCACAUCCUCACACGUUUUUCUGAGAUCGAAGUCCCACGCUUCGUUGGGAACUCGAAGAACAUCACUAGGCCGGCUAAAGCAUGUUGCAUGCCGGUUUUAGUCAAGGCGAUUUUGGAAGCUGUGAAGCACGUCAAGGGCUCCGGUACGACGCAAGUGACCAUCUCAUCGGCAUGGGCGGAUCGUGAACCAUACACGGAGGCCUGGACUGACGAGGAGAUUUUGAAGGGGGUUGAGUACGAUUUGGAGCAUUCUUUUGUAAGAUGUGGAGGCAGACUCGUGAAGCAGAUUUUUGGCAUUCCCAUGGGAAAGUCCAUGAGCCCGAUCCUAGCUUCGGUAACUUGUGCCGUGGCUAAGAUGCGGUUCUUGAGGCAACUGGGGACGGAGAGGAGAUUUAUAAGUGGAUGGCGCAUCAUGGAUGAUAUCACUGUGAUAGUGGGAGUGGAUGCGGAGAAUUCCAGUGGCGGAUUCCCUGAGAGUUUUUUCAAGGCGUUUGAAGAUAUCUACGACGACAAUCUGGAGGUGAUUCGCAAGCCUUAGGAUGAAUGCGGUUUAACAUGGGAGUUCGUCGGGGGCUCGAUGUUCAUCUGCUGCUCUCCGGUACAGCUGCACUACGUGCCGUGUACAAAGAACACGGCCUCUCUCCACAAGGGCAAUUCGCUGGCGUUUCAAACGAUGCAGGACUAUAGUUCGUAUUCUGCAAAGGUGGUAAAAAAGGCAGUGUUGACGAUGAUGGCGAAGAGGCUCUGGGACCACACUACUAGUAAGCAGCUGGUACUGGGGGCCGUAGGUUUCGCUGUCUGCGAAGCGAACCUC